CGUGCCGGGCGCCCCUAUCCCUGCGCCGGGGCUGAUGUCGGGGCGCGGGGGCCGCGGCCGGGAGCAGCUGGAGCUGGGGCGGCUGGGCGAGGGGUCCUGCCCGCCGUCCCCGCCGCCCUCCGCCUGCUCGCGGCAGGCCUGGAGCCGGGACAACCCGGGCUUCGAGCCCGAGGAGGAGACGACGGCGAUGGACGCGGAGUGGGGCGGCGGCGCGGGGCGGCAGCGGCGGGGGCGCGGCGGGGCGGGGGCGCCGGGGGGAGCCGCGGGGCCGCCCGAGGGCAGCGCGCCCCGCGCCGCCUGGGGAAAGCGCCUGGCGCGGCAGCUGCGAGGUCUGUGGGGGACGAGGCUCAUGGAAGAAAGUAACAUCAGCAGAGAGCGAUACCUGAAAAGUGUUUUACGGGAGUUGGUUACGUACAUGAUUUUCCUUGUGGUCUUAUGUGUCUUGACUUAUGGGACAGUGAGUUCCAAUAUGUACUAUUACACAAAAGUUAUGUCUCAGCUCUUCCUGGAAACACCUAUAUCAAAAAUGGAGAAAACUGAUUUCAAAACUUUGUCCACAAUGGAUGACUUCUGGAAGUUUGCAGAGGGCCCUUUGCUGGAUGGUCUUUACUGGGACAUAUGGUUACACAACGAAACCAUGGCAGAAAACAAAAGCUUCAUUUAUUAUGAGAACCUGCUCCUAGUGCCACGCAUUCGGCAGCUGAAAGUGAGAAAUGGUUCAUGCUCAAUACCAGAAGAUUUAAAGGAUGAAAUCAAAGACUGCUAUGAUGUCUACUCUGUAGCUAAUGAAGAUACUGCUCCUUUUGGGCUCCGAAAUGGAACAGCUUGGACGUACACCAGUGAGAAGGAUUUGAAUGGGAGCAGCCACUGGGGCUUGAUUGCCACAUACAGUGGAGCUGGUUAUUACCAAGACCUCUCGAGGACCAGAGAAGUGACAGCUGUGCAGAUUGCUAGCCUUAAGAACAACCUCUGGCUGGACAGAGGGACCAGAGCGGCUUUCAUUGAUUUCUCAGUAUACAAUGCAAACAUCAACCUAUUCUGUGUUGUCAGGUUGUUAGUUGAGUUUCCAGCGACUGGAGGCCUUGUUACCUCUUGGCAGUUUCAGCCCGUGAGGUUGAUUCACUACAUCUCCACUUUUGAUUUUUUCUUGGCAGCCUGUGAAAUGGUAUUCUGUCUUUUUGUUCUUUAUUACACGGUGGAAGAGAUCUUAGAAAUUCACAUUCAUAGGCUGCGCUACUUCAGAAGUCUCUGGAAUUGCCUUGAUAUUUUUAUCAUUGUGCUCUCUGUGGCAGCUAUAGGGAUUAGUAUCUAUAGGACAUCAACUGUUGAUAUGCUCCUGAAAAAGCUGCUGGAAGAUCAGAACUCGUUUCCCAAUUUUGAACCUUUGGCAUAUUGGCAAGUGCAAUUCAACAACAUUGCUGCAGUUACUGUGUUUUUUGUCUGGAUUAAGCUUUUCAAAUUUGUUAAUUUCAACAGAACCAUGAGUCAGCUGUCCACUACCAUGUCUCGCUGUGUCAAAGAUGUCAUUGGCUUCACUAUUAUGUGCUUUAUUAUUUUCUUAGCGUAUGCUCAGUUGGCUUAUCUUGUCUUUGGCACUCAAAUUGAUGACUUCAGCACUUUCCAGGGCUGCAUAUUUACUCAGUUCCGCAUCAUUUUGGGAGACUUCAACUUCACAGAGGUUGAAGAAGCUAAUCGAAUUUUGGGACCAAUUUAUUUCACCACACUUGUGUUCUUUAUGUUCUUCAUUCUUUUGAACAUGUUUCUGGCCAUUAUCAAUGAUACAUACUCUGAAGUCAAAUCAGAUAUGGCACAACAGAAGGUGGAAAUGGAACUGUCUGACCUUAUCAAAAAGGGUUACAAUAAAGCCAUGAUCAAACUUAAAUUGAAGAAAACUACUGUUGAUGAUAUUUCAGAAAGUCUGAGACAAAGUGGGGGAAAACUAAAUUUUGAUGAACUCCGACAAGAUCUAAAAGGGAAGGGACACACGGAUGCAGAGAUUGAAGCAAUAUUUACCAAAUAUGACCAGGAUGGGGACCAGGAAUUGACAGAGCAUGAACAUCAGCAGAUGAGAGAUGACCUGGAGAAAGAGCGGGAGGAUCUGGACCUGGACAGGAGCUCAUUGCCACGCCCUCUAAGCAGCCGAAGCUUUCCUCGGAGCUUGGAUGACUCCGAGGAGGAUGAGGAUGAAGACAGUGGACACAGUUCCAGGAGGAGGGGCAGCAGCUCUAGUGGGGUUUCCUACGAAGAAUUCCAAGUACUCAUGAGGCGGGUCGAUCGCAUGGAGCAUUCUAUUGGCAGUAUUGUCUCCAAGAUUGAUGCUGUUAUUGUGAAGCUUGAAGCGAUGGAGAGAGCCAAACUGAAAAGGAGAGAUGUGUUGGGAAGGCUGUUGGAUGGAGUCACAGAGGAUGAAAGACUGGGUCGUGAUAAUGAAGUCCACAGGGAACAAAUGGAGCGGCUUGUGCGAGAAGAGUUGGAGCGGUGGGAAUCGGAUGACACGGCAUCCCAAAUGAGCCAUCGUCUGGGAACACCGCUUGGACUGAACGGCCAGCCUCGUUCGAGGAACUCUCGGCCAUCUUCCUCCCAGUCAGAUGGUAUUGAUGGGGGAGGAGGAAAUGCAGGGAAUAACGUCCAUGUGUAGAAUUAACUCUGUAGGUGAUUCUAAAUGUUUCAGGUCAGUAUUAAGCAAGGAAAUGCACUACUCCAGUUUCACAGCAUAAGGUGAUCAUCCUGAUUGGACUACUAAGGACUAGUUUCACUGAUUGAUAAAAGUAAUUAUUUUAUUCAUUAGGCAUUUUGAAGCCUAUGUAAGCCAUGUGCCAGGUUCCAUUUACCAUCAGCGAGACUGUCAGCCUUGGAAAUGAAAAUGGAGGAGAUGGAAUGGAAGCCAGGUGUUACAAAAUCUACUUGGACAGAAUUCUGUUUCCAAGCAUGUACACUGAGGGCAGCGAGCCUCAGACAGAAUAAUGUGCUAUAUCUAGAACACUCAAAUAAAGGGCUAUCAGUUUUCUGCUUUCUGUUGGAAAGUACGAUUUGUAAAUGCUUUAAAAACAAUUUUUAAAAGAAGGUGGCAUCAGUUUAUUGUCUUAAUCUUUAAAACAGAUGACACUUUUCAAAGAGAUAAAUUAGCACUUUUUUCUUUUUUACUUUGAGUUUCAACCUAUUUUUCUGAGUUACUCUUGGUGUACGAACAUUUUAAUUAAAAGUGUUCAUUUUUUCCUGCGUUAAAGAAAUACUGUAUUUCUUUAAAAAGGAGAAAGUGCACUUAGUUUGUAUAACUGUAAAUCACAUUAUUCCACAAUAGAAAAUGUAUGCAUGGCAUGUUUUCGGUUUUCACUGGCAUUUCAAAAGUAAUAUUUGAGAACUGCUUCUUCCCACCCAACUAACAUAAUUUUCAGCUUUGUUAGACAGUGCCUGUUUUUUAAUGCUGUUUUCAUGAUCCAGGUGUUCCCGAGAUAAACAUUCCACAGGUUUUUAGGGUAGCAUGGUUACUUUUUAGAAAAUAUAUUACUUAAAAGCACACAGAAUUGAAAAAAACACUUAACUAACUCUUCCUGGGAUGUGACAGGGAAGGGGGCAGAGAAGUUGCUGACAGCUGGGAAAACCCAAUCUCGUUCUCUGUCAAGUUCUAAUGGUGUCUUGAAAAUGUAGCUUCUAUUUACAUGUAACAGUUUUAUAAUAAUCACUGUUUUUUAGUAUUCCAUUUCCUCUGCUUUCAGUGUCAUAGAAACUUGUUUUUGAAAGGAGAUGCAAUGCUGAAAUUACAUUAGUUUCCUAUAGAAAAUAUUGUAGGUUUGCCUAGCAACAUGCUUCCAUAUGUGGCCUUCUGGUUUAGGGGCAAAGUUGUUAAUUGUAGUUUUUUUUUCCCUGAAGAUGGCAGCUGUCCUGUAUUUAAAGACUUAAAGCUGGCGGUGUAAAGGAAAAUUGAAAGCUACAUAAUGAAACACCUUAGCUAUUAGAAGGAUAUACAGAGAGAAAAAAAAAUGCCUUCUUACCAAAGUAAAAGUAGCACGGUUGUUACAUUGGUGCUUUUUGCUUCCAAAAGCAGUUUUUGCCAGACAGUAUCACCUCAUUCUUCUGGUAGUACAGCUUAGGCAAAGCUACGUAUUGCAUAUGUUCUUAAAACUGUAUUGCCUGGAUUUACAAGGACUCGGAAUGCCAUCCCUCUAACCAGAAAGCCUGCUAAAACUAAAUAGACUUCACACCUUUCCCUAACUUUUAAGUUUGAGAAACCAUAUGCACAGAAACUUAAUGUUAGGUGAAGCAGGAGAAAAUUCAUUGUGGAGAUUGGAAUUUCUUAGUUGCUUUGGCUUGAGAAUGGAACAACAUGGGAGAAUAGGUUGAGAGUCUUGUGAAGUAUUUUUUCUUUCUGGGAGUAAUUUUGUCCUAUACUGGGAAGAAACUUACACACUUCUGCAAGAGACCCUGUCAGCUUCCCAAAACAGUGCACAGCGAGAUGAUUAGGGCAUUUGUGUGAAACCGGAGACACUCAGACUAAGCUCUUUCUUGCCUUUAUUGGAAGGGUUUUUGGUCUUAUAAACCUUCCGGAGGAAAGCUUUCCUGUGUUAAACUGGCAUUUCUGACUUAAAAAAAGCCAACACAUCCAACUAACUAACCCUCUAAACCCCACUAUCUCUGUACAUGGCAGCUGCUGUGCAAGAAAAGUAGAAAAUGCAGUACAAAGCAGUUUAAAUAUACAUUGCCUUGUCUUAUAUUCAUAUCUGAAAUGUGUGCUGUGUUGGUAUGUGAUGUGAUUUAUAUAUUUGAGGCAUGCUGACUACAUAUGUGUAACAUAGGAUUGAUGUUGGACUUCUAGGGUUAAGAAUUACCUAAAUGCUAACUUAGUGUUUAAAUAGUCACGUGCUUAAAAUCAGCGACUUAGGCCAAAGGACAAACGACAUGAGUUGUCCAGCUAGAAGGUUACAGAGCAUGCGGCAUGGUACUACUGAGAUUUAUGGGAGCAGGGAUUGGUGAGGUUGCAGGAGCAAUGUAGUGAUUAUCUGUGUGAGGCAGGGCCUUCCUGGGGGGAAGAAAGCAAAACUAAACUAUCAGUAAGGUUUUAAGUAGAUUUCCUGUAAAAAGGUGAGGCAGGGCCUUCCUGGGGGGGAAGAAAGCAAAACUAAACUAUCAGUAAGGUUUUAAGUAGAUUUCCUGUAAAAAUGUGUGUUUCAAAAUACAAAUUCAGUCACACAUCUAAUCUUUUAUUUACAGUGUAUGUUUAUUAUGAAAAGAAAAAUGCUUGCAUUCGUAGCUGUACUAUUGAGGUAUUUCUGUAACGUGUCAGUACUUAAUAACAAACUUCAUCUUGAAGUGCAUUAAGUUUUCACGGGGUACCCUGUGUGUCAAGAGUGGGCUUUGCAGUGAGUGCGUAGCUACUUGGCCAAUGUUAUGAAUGUUUUUGUGAUUUCAUUUUUCAACUUUAGAUUAUAAUAUCAUUUGCCAGUUAUUACAAACAUAUGUUUUUUUUGCAUAGUAGUAUAAAGUACAGUGUUUGGUCUUAUUAGGAAGCUGUUAAUUAUGCAAGUCUUCUACAAUGAUCAAGAAUGUAUUGAUCUGUAAAACUGAGCAC